UGGUCAUGUUCAUCAAUGAGAUGCAGCAGAAGCCAGUGAAGGGCAGGAUGAAUCCUAGCCAGGGGCAGAGGAGAGAGAGCCUCACGUGUGGGGUCUUAGGGAAAGCUUCACAAAGCAGGUGGCAGCUAAGCAGAGUGAAGGAGGGCUUGCGAGGAGGAGAUAAGCAUUGCAGGCAGAGAAGACAUUCCUUGUGAAAACUGGGAGGCAGGCAAAGCCCCUGGGUGUUAGAGGGAAGGCUGAGGUAGGAGGCCGGGGAGAUGGGACUAAUCCAUACUUGUAGAGUACUUGAUGUGUACCAGACACUGUCUCAGGUGCUUUGUAAAGAGAAACUCAUCUAGCCCUCACAGCACUUCUCUAAGGCUCCAGGGAGCAGCGUCAGGGCCAGGGCGACAAUGGUCUCAGUGACUAUGGCCACUUCCGAGUGGAUCCAGUUCUUUAAGGAAGCCGGCAUUCCUCCGGGACCUGCUGUCAAUUACGCCGUGAUGUUUGUGGAUAAUAGGAUCCAGAAGAGUAUGCUGCUGGAUCUCAACAAGGAAAUCAUGAAUGAGCUGGGCGUGACUGUGGUGGGUGACAUCAUUGCCAUUCUCAAGCAUGCCAAGGUGGUGCACCGCCAGGACAUGUGCAAAGCUGCCACUGAAUCGGUGCCCUGCAGCCCCAGCCCCCUCCCAGGCGAGAUUCGCCGAGGUACCUCAAGCGCCGCCUCCCGAAUGAUCACCAACAGCCUAAACCGCGACUCUCCACCUGGCACUCCCCCCAGGCGGCCGGACACCAGCACCUCCAAGAUAUCCAUCACCGUGUCCAACAAGAUGGCAGCCAAGAGUGCCAAGGCCACUGCAGCCCUGGCCCGCCGGGAGGAGGAGAGCUUGGCUAUUCCCACCAAGCGACGCCGGGUCACUGCCGAGAUGGAGGGGAAAUACAUCAUCAACAUGCCGAAGGGCACCACCCCGCGGACCCGCAAGAUCCUGGAGCAGCAGCAGGCGGCGAAAGGUCUCCCCAGGACGUCCGUGUUUGACCGCCUCGGCGCCGAGACCAAGGCAGACACGACAACGGGGAAUAAACCUACAGGAGUCUUCAGCCGCCUGGGGGCCAUCCCAGAGAUGGACGAGGAUCUGGCUUGGGACAGCGACAAUGACAGCAGCAGCUCUGUCCUACAGUAUGCCGGGGUUCUGAAGAAGCUAGGCCGGGGCCCAGCCAAGGCCAGUCCCCAGCCGGCGCUGACUGUCAAAGCCAAAGCCACAAGCUCGGCGACGACCGCCGACACCCCGGUGCUGCGGCGCCUGGCCCUUUCCUCCCGUCCGGGGCUCGAGAGGAAGCCGGAGUCUCUGUCCAAAGUCAGCAUCAUCCAGAGACUGGGCAAGGCUGCCCUUGUGCCUGAGGCCCAGGACAGCCAGGUCACGAGCACCAAGAGUAAGUCCUCGGCUGAGGUCAAGGUCACCAUUAAGAGGACUCUGGGGCCCCGGGGAAGCAGCUCCAGCGAGGGCCUUGGUGCCCAGAUGGACCAUGCGGGCACUGUGAGUGUGUUCAAAAGACUGGGCCGCAGGACAUGCUAGCCCCCAGGCGGGGCGCAGGCCCCUCUCCAGGCUCCUGGCUCCAUAGAGUCUUCAGCGAGUGCACGCCCACCCCGCUGGAUGGCACUGCUGCUCUCCCUCAGGCAUUCAGGCCCAGCUGGAGCUUCGGGGAUUCACCCCGUUUUUCUGAGUCUGAGAUGGCCAUUGUGGCCUGGCCUUGCCGUUCUGGGACUUUCACUUCUCUCAUGUCCUCUGUUCUGUCCUCUCUGACUGUGGCCUUGGCAGGGCCCACUUUUCUACCUCUCCCAAGUGCCAAGUGCCCUUUUCCUCUCCUACAUCUUCCUCCCUCCCUCUUAGCAGCAUCUGCUGCCUCGUACCCCAGCUCCUCGGCCUCCUGGUCCCCAAGAGUGGGUGUCACCUGGAGGGGCUCCCUAUCCCCGACCUUGCCGACUUCCCUCCCUUCGCUCCUUUGCAUCCCCUCCCACCCAACUGCUUUAACUUCUCUGUCUCUCCCUCUCUUCACUCUGUUCAUUUCUCUUCUGUUUUCUGUCCCUGUGGCAAGGCCCGAUGGUCCGCUGCAUCCUGCCUGACCCUCCUGCACCACCGGCCUCCCAGCGGCCGCCUCGUCGACAGUGGCGUCGAGCCUGUAGAGACACUUAGCUGCCCUCGCUCCCAGGCUGCAGGGACCUUCCCAGACCCUGGGCUGCAGCGGGCACCUCCGUCUUCCUGCCCUGGGCAUCUUUUUCUUUGUAAGGCCGUUCCGGGUGGCGGGCAGGGGCACUGGGAAGGGAGGCCAGUGCUGAGAGAGAAGAAAACAGCUAUUUUAAUAUAUUUUUGUGACUUUCAAAUUGUUUCCCUCCCCUCCUUCAAGGUGAGUCACGGGAUUGUUUUUCACACAAAGCACAAUGUGGGGAGGGAGGGGUGAUGAAGGGUUGGGCUCUGCCUCUGGAGGUCAAGCUCCCUGCACACUCGUGGCCACGUCUCUGCUCCAGGCCCCGAGCCCAAGGGAGAGCCCAAGGGAGUGCCAGUCACGGUCACCAUUCAGUUGGGCCUCCCCUCCCCUCAGCAAACUGCUGCAUUUGUGUUACUGCCUUCCCCCUCCACAGAUGUCACCUGUUUCUGUCACUCUCCCUGUUGGCGGCUCUCCAAAUUGCAGGCUGCAUUUGGAGGCAGUGGGUUCCUGUGGGUUUGCUUUUCACUUGUUGCCCAGCCUCUACUCUGUGCCAGGCCUGUUCUGGGAGCUGGGGACCCCACUGUGAACGAGGCAGACAAGCCCCUGCCCACAUGGUUCUAGCCAGGGAGGUGGGCAGGCGAUGAGCAGAAGUGACCAGGGCUGCUUUAGAUGUUGGGGGUAAGAAGGCCUCUCGGAGGAGCUGGCAGGUAGGCUGAAAUGGGAGUGAGAAGCCUACGUGAAGUUCAGGAGGAGCGCUCUCAGGCAAAGGAAACAGCUGGGCGAAGGCCUGAGGUACAACAAGGACGGCAGAGGUGGCCAGUGUGUGGCUGACCAGCCAGCGAGGGGCCUGCCCUCCAGAACAGGUGGGAUGGGUGGGCCGGAAGCAAGUGACCCAGGCUGAAGGAUUUGGACCUCAUCCUGAGCAUUGAGGAGUGUGGGAGGGUUUGAGGCAGGGAGGAGUGACCUGAGGUGCCUUUUCUGAAGAUGGCUGUG